UUUUUGUGGCACAGUUUGUACAGCACAGAGUUAGGGAUUUUAGUCUUUAGACCGGUGAGAACACGGCCAUAUUCCAGCUGGAAGCCGUCAAAAUCAUGUCUUUUUUCCAAACAAAUCCCUUUGCAACUCCCGUUGGUCAGCGAAUCGAACGAGGCACUGAUGCUUCGCUGGCAUCGGAAGACUGGGCCCUCAACAUGGAGAUCUGUGAUAUCAUCAUGGAGACUGAGGACGGGGCCAAGGAUGCAGUCAAGGCUAUCAGGAAGCGACUACAGUCACACCUGGGCAAAAACUACAAUGUUAUCAUGUUCACACUGACGGUGCUAGAGACGUGUGUGAAGAACUGUGGCCAUCGAUUCCAUGUGUUGGUCAUGCAGAAAGACUUCAUCGGCGAACUUGUAAAAGUUAUCGGACCAAAGAACGACCCUCCAACGGCCGUGCAGGAGAAAGUGCUCAGUGUAAUACAGACGUGGGCCGAUGCCUUCAAAGGUCAGCCAGACUGCAUUGGAGUAGUGCAAGUAUACAAUGAACUUAAGUCCAAAGGCAUCGAGUUUCCUAUGACGGACUUGGACAAUCUGGCACCUAUUCACACACCUCAGCGGAGCAUACCCGAGACUGAACUCACAGCACCUAUUCCACAACCUCCACGGCCCCAGGCUGUGAGACAGCCACCGGCCCCGGCACCACUUCCGGCCCAACACUCUCCUCCCGGAACGAUCCCGGGAGGUCCGAUAAACCCGACGCCGGAGCAGCUGGCGAAGCUGAGGAGCGAGCUGGACAUCGUCAUGGGCAACAUGCGAGUGUUCGGUGAGAUGCUCACCGAACUGCAGCCGGGUCGCGUUGACCCCGCCGACCUCGAGCUGCUGCAGGAACUUUACCCGGACAUGCAAGACAAUGCAGACAGAAUAGUGGAGCUUAUUGACAAGGUGGCUAAUGAGGAGGUCACAAGUGAGUUGCUGCACGUGAAUGACAACCUUAACAACGUGUUCUUGCGGUACGACCGGUUCGAGCGCUAUCGAACGGGCUUGGCAGCCCAAGCCACAGAUCAAAGCAGCCCACAACAGACGCAGGUCAAGCUGCCCGUGGGGCCUGCAGGGGUACAGAGAGCAUCCGAGGCUGCAGCACUCAUUGAUUUCGGAGACGAUUCAUCACAAGACACACCACCCCAGACCGGUGUCAGUGACCCAGCCGUGAUUGGGGUCACCCAACAGAUGGGAAGUGUGGAAAUAGCAGGGACAGUCCCCGGAGAACGCAGUGAUGAAUUUGACAUGUUUGCCCAGACACGGCAAACCACCUAUGAACAAAGCAGGCAGGGGGGCAGUUCAUACGCAGACAACACUGACGUUGACCAGUACAGUGGCAGCCUUGGUGCAGCAGUACAGGCACGGCACGCCCCCCCUCCCGUGACAGAUUCUGGCAGCAACGAUGAUACUCUGCAGGAUAAGCCUUCGGAGUACGAAGAGAUGGAGAGUUGGCUGAAAACAGAGGAUGCUAAGGAGCCGCAACAAGGGGCUAUGACAAGUGCUGAGUUUGAUAGGUUUCUGGAGUCACGAGCUCGUGCGGUAGAGGAAUUACCCAGCGUCGGUCAAAACAACGGCCAGAGAGGGCAGCUAUCAAAGAAAGAUGAAACGGAAAAUGCUCUCUUUGCAUUGUAGUUAUUGGAAUGGAAUCCCCCCUGAAGCUGUCAGAAGUAAACGUUUCCAUUAGGUAGGUUGUCACAUCCAUAAAAUAGUGAAACCCAGGUACUGACAGCAUGCACGCACGUAUGCAGACACAUAUGCACGCAUGCACGCACGUACACACAAAUAAUAGGAGGCCUGGAGCACAAUUUGAGUGCAAUUUCAAGCAGAAUAUAAACGUCUCUACAGUGUGAGUGGCACUUUUUUUUAUUUCGUAUAGCCAAACUCAGUUUUGCUGCAAAAUGUUUAUUUGUUGAUAUAUAAGACUGAUGCUAAACGUGGUACUAUUUACUCGCCGUCACUCAGAUUUGUUUCCAAGAUGUUUUUACCGCUCAUUCAAGCACAUUAGACUGUCCUAUAUAGUAUGGUCUCUGCCUCACUGCUGUUUUUCGUGAUCAAGCAAGUGGUAGAUUUACUAUGAAGCCUAUAUAGUUUCUAUGUAUCUAAAUGUCUGUACAAUAGCGCAUUAUAGCUUCUGAAGAUGUAUGCUAGAAUGAAAUACACGUAACGAACAAGACAGUGGCACAUGGCAAUGCUUUGGUCAAUUUUUAAUAAAUAAAUUUAAUAAUUAUUUCGUGGGAAGGAUAAUAUUCUCAAUUUAAUAUAUUGUAACCUAUGUAAUUAAAUAUGCAAUGCUUAGAGUAUUUCAUUCCGCAAAUUGAUUGAUAUCGAGUAUACAAAAUAAACAUUGGCAGUCAAAUGUGUUUAAUUUGUCUGGCUGUCAUUAUUGAAUUGUAUAAUAUAAGUAUUUAAAAUAUAUCUGUUUUCUGUAGAAAAACAUUCUAAUUAUAUAUUCACGAGUACACCUGUUGUUUAUCUUUUGUUGGUACAAAUGAUAAGAUACCUAGUAUAGAAAUAAAAAAUUAAUAGUGGCAAUUAAUUUUGUGAUUCCUGUGUAGGAUCCUCUAUCCUUGACAUGUGAUUUGACACCUAAUGAGUAGUUAUGUUUUUCCGAAUUGUACAAAUUAUCUUUGAACAUUUUAUUCAAUGAUGUACAUAUAGUAGUCUCAUGUUAUUCAAUUGGGCAUUGCAAGUAAUCGCUAACGUUUACUGCACAACUAUUAUAUGUGGGAAGGUGGGUUUGUAGAAACCAUAUGCCUUCAUCCUGUUUUUGUUUUAUAUAAUGUAUGUUUUAUUCCUAUAAUUUAUGUUUUGAUGUGUGACAUGCUACUAAUUAAAUAUAAUAUUUGAUACUGAUAAUA